GAGUCAGCAGCCGCAGCCGCAGCAACAGCAGCAGCAGCCGUUGCCGCUACCAGGUGCGGUUCGGUAUUUCGUAGCCGGAGCAUUUUGCAGAACUGUUUAACAUCAGUCUUUAGUGAUAGCUCGCGCUUCUUGCUCGCACGCUCGAAUCGCAUGUCGCACGCUCGCACGGCUGCGUCGUCGGCUUUUUAACGAUUACAAUUUAACGUGCGUUCUUUAUCGAUAAACGGUUGUCGCAUUUUCAUCGAUAUAUAUCGCGCUUGACUUGUCCACCAUCCCGCCCAAGUAUGCAAAUCUGCAAGUGACCCCAAUAACAGUCCAAUUAACAGUUAAGAAGUUAACAUUGAGUGCCGCAAGUGAUUUACAUUUCACACCUUUAGCACACACAUACAUGAUAGGCAUAAAAAAAAAAGAAAACAGAGGCGCGCGCUUGUUCGCCAUUUGCCCAGGCCAAGUCCAAGUGGCUUUUCACCAAAUAAAGGUGUGGCCUAAGCCAAACAACAACAACAAAUGCACUUGAGAGUCAACUGAACACACGUCAAAUAUAACUCAUCUUUCACUAUGUUCUAUAUAAAUUAGACGGCAGCAAAUUGAAUGGUUACACACACGCAGAUACCGAGUGUGCUAUAUACACAUACACACACACACACUCACACGCAAAGGCACACUAAUGCAGGGAGCGUAACGAACGCGUGUUUGUGUCAGUUCUAGAGUUAAGAUCGGUAUAUGUAUGUGCCUGCGUUGCUAUAAGCAUGUGUAUAUGUACAUAUAUAUGGCUGAGCUUCACGCUCGUCUAAAGUUCUAAAAGUCAAGUGCAAUUUAGCAACGACAAACAACAACGACAGCAACAACAACAAAAACAACAAUUGCUAAAAUACUGUACGCUCAAGUGACGUUUUAUUGGCGCAAGGUGAAAAAAAUAGUAAUAAUAAAAAAAUAAAAAAUAGAAAUAAACGACCAGAGAGUUCACAAUGUGCACACAUAACAAACAACUUAAAUGAUUUUUCGAUUUUGCCGUAACGCAAAAAAACAGGAAAAAAAAUAUUAAAAAAAAAAAAAAACAAAUAGGAAACACAACAACAACAACAAACUGCAGCUCAGUGCGCUAUGAAAAUUUGUAACUGAAAUACGUGAAAAAUCAACACACGGAACGCAAAAAGCGCCGAGUGCAUCGCAUCGCAGCUUAUUCAAAUUUGGAUUAAGAAAAACUAUUUCAACUGCUCUUCGGUGCAGUUCAAAGGCUCACAUUUCUUUAUAAGCACACCCUAUUGAGCUCAAGAGCUCAACGUAAAAGCAUCUCCAAUGAUGAAUCAGGAUAAUCCGUAUGCGAUGAAUCAGACGUGCAAGGUCUGUGGUGAGCCGGCGGCUGGGUUUCAUUUUGGUGCAUUCACAUGCGAAGGUUGUAAGUCCUUCUUUGGCCGCUCGUACAACAAUUUGUCCUCCAUAUCGGACUGCAAAAAUAACGGCGAAUGCAUCAUCAACAAAAAGAAUCGCACGGCUUGCAAGGCCUGCCGUCUGAAGAAGUGCCUCAUGGUCGGCAUGUCGAAGAGUGGCUCACGCUAUGGCCGACGCUCCAACUGGUUCAAGAUACACUGUCUGCUGCAGGAGCAGCAGCAGCAGGCGGUCGCGGCGAUGGCAGCACACCACAACAGUCAGCAGGCUGGCGCCGGAGGCAAUGCCACCGUUGGAGGCGCAUCCAAUGGCUGUGUCAAGACCAUGGCGGGCGUGUCAGCGCCUUCGGCCGCUGCUGCCGCACUGGGCAUGCUGGGACAUGCGACGGGCGGCUAUCCGGGUCUGUAUGCGACGGGACCACCGCGCAGCAAGGAGGAGUUAAUGAUGCUGGGACUAGAUGGCAGUGGAGAUUAUGGCGGCAUUAAGCAUCCAUCGCUCGUCGCUUCACCUUCGGUCAGCUCACCGGAUUCGCACAACUCGGACAGUUCCGUGGAGGUGAGCAGUGUUCGUGGCAACUCGCUGUUGCAACUUGGUGGCAAGCCAAAUGCUGCGACUGAUGGCAGCCAAGCUGGAAGCGGCACAGCGCCGGGGCGACCGCCACAACUGCGCAAGGAUUUGGCUCCGUUUUUGCCCUUACCAUUUCCGGGGCUCACUUCGAUGCCCGUGAUGCCACCGCCUGCAUUUUUGCCACCCUCGCAUUUGCUCUUUCCCGGCUAUCAUCCUGCGCUGUAUUCCCAUCACCAGGGUCUGCUUAAACCCACCCCCGAGCAGCAGCAGCAGGCGGCAGUCGCCGCUGCUGCAGUGCAACAUUUGUUCAACUCAAGCAACGCGAGUGGGCAGCGCUUUGUGCCGCAGCUGCAUGCGACGGCGCCAUUUACUGGCCACAAAGAGGAGGCGGCUCUAAGUCCCAACCACAGCAACAGCAACAACAAUAAUUUACUGCCCAAUGGCAGCAGAACGGCGACAAGCUCCGCUGAUGAGCUGACAAAACGUUUCUACUUGGAUGCGGUGCUCAAAUCACAGCAGCACAGUCCACCGCCGCUGGCGACAAAGUUGCCACCGCACAGCAAGCAGGAUUACUCCAUAUCGGCGCUGGUCACGCCCAACUCGGAAAGCGGGAGGGAGCGUUUGAAGAGCAGGCAGAGCAACGGCGAGGCGGAUGAUGAAGAACGCGAAACGGCCACUGGCAGUGAUAAGGGCGUUAAGGAGGAACUAGAGCCAGGAGAGGAAGAUCAGGAAGAGGAAGAUUUGGUGGUAUCCAUGACGCCGCCACGAUCGCCAGCCCAGCAGCAGCCGGCGCAAUUAGUGGAUGUCCAUACAGCAGCGCAGGAUAAUCCCAUUGACCUGAGCAUGAAAACCACUGGCAGCUCCAGCUCCAGCUGCCGGAGUAGCAGCAGUAUUAAGAGCAGCUGCCAGGAGGCAGCCGAUGCCGAAAUCUACAGUGAUAACGAGGCAGCAACUGAUCAAGCAACAGCUGAUGAAGUCCUUAAUAUAACAGCAGACGACGAGGAUGAUGAGGAAUCAGCCCUAGCUGAGCUCGAGGAUAACAGCACCACGGAAACGGUUAAGACCAGCAUAGAGCAAACCCACAAGCUAAACAAUAACAUAAACAACAACAAUAGUAAUACCAACAACAACAACAACAAAGGCAACACUAGUGAUAAUGAAGCUAACGAUAGCAUCAAACGCAAAUUAAAUGAGCUGAUGCAGGAAUCAACUAACUCGAAACGUUUGCGUCUCAGCUCGCCGGAACCACCCAACAUGGCCGUUAAGGUGGCCACGUCAACGGCACUCGAUUUAACCACCAAGGUUUGAGCUUAGCCACGCUGAUUGUUAAACACACUCGAUAGACGACAUGGCGGCAAUCGGUCGUUGGGCCUAACACUAUGCAACAAAAUUUGGUAAAGACAAACAAAUGUUUAUCAUACUUAAUAUACAAUAUCAAUUUAUA